AUGCCCGCAGGCAAACCGUCUGGUCUGAGGACUGCUCGCAAACUUCGAAACCAUCGCCGAACCCAGAAAUGGUCGGAUAAAGCAUACAAAAAAGCUCAUAUUGGAACGAAGUGGAAAGCUAAUCCUUUCAAGGGUGCCUCACACGCUAAGGGUGUUGUGCUAGAGAAGGUUGGUGUUGAAGCUAAACAACCAAAUUCUGCCAUCCGUAAAUGUGUAAGGGUUCAGCUCUUAAAGAAUGGGAAGAAAAUCACUGCUUUCGUACCUAAUGAUGGGUGUUUAAAUUUCAUUGAGGAAAAUGAUGAAGUGCUUGUGUCUGGUUUCGGGCGAAAGGGGCACGCAGUCGGCGAUAUACCUGGUUUUCAGAAUCAAGUUAUCUUCAAGAAGCUAAUAUUUGCAAGCAGUAUUCAAUAUGUUUCUGUCAAGUAUGUGAGCGGUGUUAUUUUCACAAGGAUCGAUACGAAAAGCUUGUAACAAUAGUUGUAGAUUCUAGACACCGCCCGAACGUCCAGUUUCUUUACGCUAUAAACCGACAGUUAUAUCUGAAAAUUCGAGCGAGUAUGUUGAAGGUGCUUUGAAGUCGCCGUAAGCCGACUUCUCAAAAAUGUAUUUAUAAGCUAGUGGUAGAGACACAUUAAAUUUUCUUUUUUCUAAAUCUUCACAGUUGUAAUGUGUUAUUAGUGAAUAGUCCUAAGAUGUUAA